AUGGCGGACCCUUUUAGUUUCGAGGCAGGCGGGGAUACCCCCGUCAGGCGUGGAGUGCAGCGGCUGAGCUUCAGUCAGAGGAUUGUACCAUUAGCGGUUGGGAAAGGAAUAACGACAGCGGAGUUGGUCAACAGACUGAAGAAACUCCACAAUGAUUUACGGAUAAUGGAACAAGAAGCCGUCGACACAAAGUCUCUACAAACCGUGCAAAAAGACCUACGUUCACAGUCACUACUUGCGCAUAAAGACAAAGGCGUGAGAGUGUUGACCGCAUGCUGCUUGGCGGACAUACUACGGCUGUUUGCGCCUGACGCGCCAUAUAAUCAGAACCAACUGCGGGAAAUAUUUGAGUUCUUCUUGAAGCAAAUGCAAGGACUGAGCGACAAGACAAGUGCAUAUUAUCAAAUGUGUUUCUACCUGCUGGACAGUCUUUCGACUGUCAAGAGCGUCGUGCUCGUGGCGGAUCUGAAUGCCGACGAUCUGGUGGUGGACUAUUUCCGGUCUUUCUUUGAUCUCCUGAGACACGACCUGACGAAGAGCGUCACGAUGGCUAUGGUUGACAUCCUGCAGCAACUGAUUGACGAGAGCCACCAUAUCCCGCAGGAAGUGGUAGAACUUAUACUGUCGUUCUUUCGUAAGCCGGAUGAUCGACCGAGUGCAUAUAAGAUGGCGACGGACCUAUGUAACUCCUGUCCUGAGAAGCUGCAGCGUUACGUUUGUCAAUAUUUCAGCGAAGCCAUCAUGGCAGCAGGACACGGCCUAGAAGACGAUGAAGAAAGAGAACAAUGGGAAGAAGCCCACACACUGAUCCUCCAAAUCAACCGAGCAUCUCCCGCAGUCUUACUCAACGUCAUCCCACUCCUCGAAGAAGAGCUGAAAGUCGAAUACACGAACGUGCGCACACUAGCUACGAAAGUCCUCGGAGAGAUGUUUUCCGUCCCGGGAUCCAAACUCGCGGAAAAAUACCCGCAGGUGUGGAAAUCAUGGGUCGGGCGACGAAACGACAAGCACGCGGCAGUGCGUCUCGCCUGGGUCGAGUGGACACUACCGAUCCUGAGAAACCACGUGGAUCUCGCCGCGGAGUUAAAUGCCGGGUUGAAGGAAAAGUGCAUCGAUCCCGAUGAGAAGGUCCGAACAGCGGUUCUGAACCUUUUGGCGAACUUGGAUGUCUUAUCAGCGCAUAACAUCAGUGCGGAGCUGUUGGUUACGGCGGGAUCGAGGAUGAAGGAUAAGCGGGCGCAUGUGAGGGAUGUUACUGUUGAUGCGUUGGCGAAGGUUUUCAAUUUGAAGUACUCUGAAAUCGUCGACUCGACCGCCGGUGAAGCAGCAGCCGUGACGAAAUACGCGUGGAUAUCGGGUGAAAUUCUGGACCUGCUAUACCUGGAGGACCCGGGGUUCAAAGUGAUUGUGGAGAAGGCGUUGUUUGAGCAGAUCUGCCCGCCUACUGUAGACGACGCACUGCGGUCGGAUAGAUUGUUGAACGUGGCAGUGUUCUGGACGAACAGGCAACUGAAGGCGUUCGUGAACGUUCUGGAUCGCCAGGCCAAAAUGAUGCAGGCCACCGCGGCAUACCUCGAUCAAUGCGAAAAGUACAACGGCGGGAUAAUGGACGAUGAUACCGAACAUCAGCAGACCGAGACGUUUCUUGGCCAUUGCAUCACCUACCUCGCCUCACGCUUCCCUGAGCCCAAAAAGGCCGCGAGCCACCUGCAAAAAUUCGCCAAGGCGAACGACGGGCGGCUGUAUAAGUUGCUGAGAGGGAUGAUGGAUCUGCAAAGUGAUUACAAACAGCUCGUCAAGAAUGUCAAAGAGGUUACGAAGCGGCUCGAUCAGCUGGGUGGGGCCAUCAUGGAGACAUUCGCCAUCCUGCUCCGGAGAAUCAGCCUAACGGUCGUGACGAAAUCGACGAUUCCGCAUUUGGUCGAGAAGAUCCAGCAAUCGCGGAGGAAUCCGAACGAUAAGCAGGCGCAGAAUCUGGGACGGGUCGCGGAGACGCUGUUGAAGUACAUAUCGACGGUGUUUCCGGCGUUAUACAGGAGUAAUAUCGAGCAGUUCACGCAAUUGUUGCAGGAUUCCGAUGACGAUGCGCUUGUGGCGGACUCGUUGGAUGCGCUCGCGAGGUUUACAAGGGUGUUCCCGGAGGAAGCGCCGAACGACAGCACGUCGAGAGCAAAGCUGGUCAGAUUCGCGUUGGAGGGGACGCCGCAGCAGGCGAAGAACGCUGUUGUGGUGCUGGCGCAUAUCCGGCAAAGCGAGGCUGAGGACGAUUGCAGGAGUGUCUUGGAGACUAUUAUGGAGAACCUCAACUUUGAGAACGAGAAGCUGACCACGCAUAUGACUGCUUUAGCGCAGUUUGCGCGGCAUUCUCCCGGUUUGUUUGAGGCGCAUUAUCCCGCCGUGUCAACAUUUAUCGUCAAGGACGUUCUGCUUGUCAACCGGCGGAAAGCUGCGGAGGACGACGUGGACUGGGUCGAGUUGGAGGAUCUGGAGACGGAAGGCGUCAUCAAAAUCCUGGGCCUCAAAGUCCUGACCAAACGACUGAUAGCCCUAGCCGCCGGGGCUAACGGCGAGACGUCAAUGACAACCACAGCGUUCACGCCCGAAAUCGCGGUGCCCAUUCUCAAACUUAUCCGUCGACUCCUCAUCUCCGAAGGCGAAAUUGUCGCUACAAGAGACACCUCCUUACCCUUUCAAGCCCACCUCCGUCUCACAGCCGGCAUCGCGCUCCUCAAACUCGCCAAACAACCCUCCUACGCCACCACCACCUCCUCCGUCAUCGACGUCAAAGACACCCACCGCCUCGCCCUCGUCAUGCAAGACCCGAUCUACCAAGUCCGCCACGCCUUCGUCGACAAACUCAUGCUGUACCUCUCCACCCAGGCCGUGCAGUUCGAGUACAUGACCGUGCUCAUGCUCGCGGCCCACGAACCGGAGGUGGAACUCCGUAACCGCGUCAAAACCUUCCUGACUAGGAAAGCCAAGAUGCUGCGAGCGACUGACGAGACGAAUGGCGGGGACUCUGGCAACGCGAGUCUGGUGGAACAUACGCUUGUGAAAUUCUUGCAUUUGUUGGCGCAUCAUCCGGAUUUUGGAACGGAGGUGGACGAUUUGAUGAUGUUUGCGGUUUAUGUGGAGUUUUUUUUGGAAUGCGUUGCCAAUGCGGAUAAUGCGAGCUUUUUGUAUUAUGUCGCGAGCAAGUUGAAGACUGUGAGGGAUUUGUGGAGUGAGAGUUCUGAUAACCUCUACAUCCUCUCCGACCUAACGCAGCUCCUCAUCCAAGAGAAAGCUACCCACGCCAACUGGUCCCUCCCGUCCUACCCCGGCCGCGUGCACCUCCCCAAAGAACUCUUCGGAAAACUCACCUCCGCACACGGCAACGAGAACGCGCGACGAAGCUACCUCCCAAAAGCCCUUGUCGACCUCCGCGCCAAAAAGGAGAAUGCGGCGUCGGGGGGGCAUUCGACUCGCCCGAAACGCGAAGUGGUGAAGAGGGAGAAAGAGCAUGUGAAUAGGUCGAGGGAGGGGUCUGACAAUGAGAGCGGGGGGGAGGGUGAUGAGGACGUGUCGGAUCAGGAGAAGGCUGGGUCGAAGCGGAAAGCGCGAAAAGGAUCGAAAGGUAGUACGGGCACGCCUGCGAAGCGGCGACGGAGUGGUGGGGAGGAACGGGAGGGGAGCUUGCCGGUUGAGACACCGCAGAGGAAGAAUGCGCCGAGGAGUGCACGGGCGGCGAGGAAUUUACGGGAGGUUUCGAGUGAUGAGGAGGAGGAAGGGGGGAUGGUUGAUGUGAAGACGCCGGUUAGGGCGGGGAGGGGUGUGAAGGGGAAGGCAAGGGGGGAGGUGAGUGGGGAGGGCGAGGGCGAGGACGAGGGGGAGAAGGAGAAUGAUGGUUCGGGUGGAGAGAGGGAGGCGUCGAGUGGGAAGGUGAGAAAGUCUUUGAUUUGUGGUUGGGUUAUGUUAGGCUACAGCAGGGAAUGA